CUCGAAAUAGAUUCGACCUCUAGAAACUUUGGCCAGUUGUUGGCCACAUGGAGUGUCUGAUUUAACCGCCCGCCAUUUUGUAUUAAUCAUUUUCCUUUCACCAUUCGUUUUCCCUCCUUUGUCUGCCAUCGCCAUGAAAAACUGACGGCACAAAGAGUUUUGAAUUGAAACAACUAAAAUGACAGGAAGAGGGAGAGCGCGUGCUAGAGGGAGAGCAAGAAGAGCAGAAGACAAUGAAAUUCGGAGGCCAGGUGAACAGAGCACACAGGCCCAACAGUCCCCAGUACAGAUGGAAGGUGCUCAAGCUGGUCCUCAACGUUCUAUGAGAGGUGCCCAAGCUGGACCUGAGCAGGCUAUCAGAGGCUCUCCAGCCCAAUUAGAAGAUGCGAGAAGAGGAAUUGGAAAUCUGCAGAUUCAGAGAUCAGUUGGUCACUCGGGACAGCCUGUUGAGCUGAUGGCUAAUUAUUUCCGCCUUACGGAGAGUAAGAACUGGAUCUAUUACCAGUACCAUGUAGAUUUCAGUCCGCCUCUGGACUCCACAAGAAUGAAGAAGAAGGUGUUUCAUCAACUUCCACAGUUUAGGAAGAAAACCACUAUCUUUGAUGGAGGAAUACUUUACCUGCCUCAAAGAAUGCCAGAUAAGGUCACAGAGGUCACUGUGGGGUCACCAGUCGAUAACUCACCAAUCAGGGUGACCAUCAAAGAGACCAGAGAGAUGUCCGGGGCUGACCCAGAGACCGAGAAGUUGUACUGUGUCCUGCUAGGAAG